ACGUGGCCGCCGGCAGCGCAGCAGUCGGUAGGGCGUUGCGCUGGGGCUCUCAUGAGCAGGCGCAGCCUGCCGGCCGCUGCUUCCCCGCUGUGGGGGCUUAUCGGCCCCGCUGCCCUCUGUCCGGGCAGGAGUAUGAGCCUCUGCGGGGUGCCCGCCGCCUGCGCCGCAGGGCCUGCAGGCGGCAGCGGCGCGGGCUUCUCCUCAGCACGGCUGAGCCCGCCGUGGUUGCGGCUGCCUGAGGUGCUGGGUGCGGAACCACACCGAGCUAACGAGCUGCUGCUGCUGCUGCCGUCGCCAGCCCCGCGCGGCCCAGCCCCGCCGCAGCAUCACGUUGUCUACUUCCCGGGGGACGUGCAGGUACGGAGAGGCGGCAAGCUGAGGGCGAACUAUCAUGACAUCAUGUCUUGCCACCCAGAAAACUUUCAGUGGGAGCACUGGAGUUUUGAAAAUGUUGCUACCAUACUUGCUCGCCGGUUCCCAAACAGCUUCAUUUGGGUUGUAAAGUGUUCUCGAAUGCACCUGCACAAAUUCAGUUGUUAUGACAACUUCGUGUUGAGCAACAUGUUUGGAGCACCAGAGCACAGCACUGACUUUGGAGCUUUCAGGCAUCUCCAUGCAUUGCUAGUUAAUGCAUUCAGACUCUCUCAGAAUAUUCUGCUGUCCCAGAAAUGUGUGCGUGGCGUCAGCAAGGAUGCAAAAAUAGCUGCUUGUAAAUCCCAGCCACAGUCUGUUCCUACAACAAAUGGCUACUCAUCCACAGAAAGAGAGAAAGGUUGUGAAUGCUCUAACAAUUCUGCUGUGAACUUUGUUAUACCAUCUGCUGUAGGUGCAGUGUCAUUUACUUUGAUUGGUUUCAGUAAAGGGUGCGUGGUUUUGAACCAGCUGCUUUAUGAGCUGAAGGAAGCUAAAAAAGACAAGAAUACAGAUGCCUUCUUAAAAAGCAUAAAGGCAAUUUACUGGUUGGAUGGUGGUCACUCGGGAGGAAGCAAUACUUGGGUCACUUACCCUGAAGUGCUGAAAGAACUUGCAGAGACAGGAAUUGAAGUUCACGCUCAUGUUACACCAUACCAAGUGUUUGACACAAUGAGGUCAUGGAUUGGGAGAGAGCAUGAGAAAUUUGUACAGAUACUUGAAAAAUUUGGUGUGGAAAUAAAUGAUCAACUACAUUUCGCUGAUGAUGUUCCUUCCUUAGAUAACCAUUUUAGAGUUCAUGAAGUAUUUUGAGAUUGUAUGUUUCUGAAUAGUAUAUUAAUUGCAACAGCACUUUUAGCACUAAAUGUUGACAUCUAGACUUAGAACUUUGAACAAAUGCUUUCUGAAGAGAAUACUAAUUCAGUCCUGCAUUGCUAAUAGAUACUAUAUAUAUAAAUUUGAGUAGUUUAAAACAGAGGAUUGGGACCUCAUAGCUACAACAGAUGUUGUUACUUGAUUCCUGGAAAAAGUGUUACAAAGUACUAUCCUAUACAUGGUUUGGUUUUGGUUUUUUUUUUUUGUUAAAUGUGAACGUUUCAUCUCAAAGUAUUUUAGGUCUGGAUGUCUAGUGUCAUAUAUUACCUUUAAUGGAAGUUUAAAAUACUGAAGACUUUCAAAUGUCUGGAUACUUAAGUUUAGUAGUUUCCAGGGAAAGCUUUGGUCUUUGUCAAUAACAGAUGUAAGGUUUGGGUUUUUGCUUCAGGAAAAUUGUGACUGUUAAAACUAUUUUGGUUAUGUAUUUUGGUGAAAACUAAAUCUUCCAGUUGUGUGCCAUUUCUCCUAAUUGAAACAAAGUCACAAAUAUUUAUUCUUGUAAUAAUAGUGCCAAUCCAUUUUUCUUCCUUAUGUGUGCCUUAUCUUUUCUGUUGCUAUAAAUUUUCAUUCAUUCAUGUCUGCUAGUGGAUAGCCAUUUCAUAUGGGGGCUUGGAAAUUUUUAUUUAGCUACCUUAAGUGACCAAGAAUGUUGAUGAGAGUGUAGCUUAUUGCUGUUCAACGCACCUUGCUAUUGCUUUGACUAACCUCUUUAAGGACCAGCAGUAAAAUCUCUGUUUUCAAGUCAAGAGGUGUCUUUACCCCCUACAUUGGACUGGUGAGGUUUUGCUUGCUAAUUGUUGCAUUGAUGUUUAUCUAAAUUGAGCCAUAAGUAUAUUUAAAAAAUGCUGAUAAGCUGUUUCAGAAUUCUUUGGUUACUUAAACUUACUUAUUCUUUAGAACUGUUACUGCCUUUAAAUAUACUUCUGUAGUUGCUUCUAGAGCCACCCAAAAGUCUGUUUUUUGUAUGGAAAAAAACUGUUUGAAUUAAAUAUAAAGCUGGACAAAUCAGAUAGAAAUAUGUUCAGGCCCCAAACCAGAAUGUUCUUAGUAAAGAAUUACUGAAAGAUGGAUAAAUAAGGAUAUUAGUGGAACUUUUCAACUGAUGUAAGUAACUUUUCACUUAUCUACAAAUAAAUCUUGACAUCACUCUUCAAAGAAAACUGCAGCUAUUAACAAUGAACCAGUAACUUCAGAUAGUUUAGGAUUUCCUGGAAGUAUGGGAAUACAAAAACAAGCUAGCAAAAUAUAAUCAAAUGUGAUUCAAUCCUGGAAAAAAGGCAUUUUACUCAACUGUGUUCCUAUGAUGGCAUAGCAAUGUGUUCCCCCUGUGGAAGCAAAGUCCUUGGUCAUCUUCUAUUUGCAUCAUUAAAAUUUACAAGGUUUACUGGAGGCAGCAUUUUCACAACUCUUGCAUAUGUUAGUGAUCAUUGAAGAAUGAGAAAAGUGUGUUGAACUCUUUAAGAAAAUUUUCUUCAUACUCAAAAUAUUCAGAGUAGUAGAAAAGAUUAUACAUAAUGUGCCCUUUGUGAACAUGGACUCUAUCUCUGAUAAUAAUUAGACUUAUGUACCUUGUUGAUCAAAAGGAGAAAUUAGUUGAUGGUAAAAGUACAGCAUGCAAACCAACUCUAACAUUUUAUAAAAUAGCCUGAAAUCUGGUUCCAUCUGCCGUUUUUUAAAGCUCUUUGCUACCUUUUGACUACCUUUUUCAUGGGAUUAUAAUGGCAGGUUUAUGUGUUCCAAUGAAGGCUUUUUUCCUUUUUUGGUCCACAAAACCCAAACACACUACUGAUCUUGCUUCCUCUUCAUUUCAGACUGAUUGGGCCAACUUGGGCAUGCUAAAACUUGCAUUAUUCAAUAACAAUGCAGAUCACAAACCAGUUUCUAAACAAUUCCAUGCCAGACAGAACAGCAAGAGUAGGUUGUUGCAAGCUUUUGGAAAAAGCUAUUAAAAUAUUGACAUUGUCAUCAGAAGUUUCUGGAUUGCUUUUCUAUGAAAAUAAUAUGAACCUGUUUGAUAUAGGGGCUGCUUACAAUAACUUAAAUAGGCUCAAGUGUUGCUGUGUUAAUUGGAAGAAUGAGCACUUUGUUGUAAAACUAAUCUUGUUGUGAGACCUCAUAUUGUGGAAGGAAGACUGACUGGUUGUUUUCUAUUCUCUAAACAGUUGUGGUACUCUGUUGGAAUGUGCCUCUGUCAUUCGCUACAAUGCAUGCUAAAAAUAAAUGUUGUGAACAAUUAGGAAAAUAAACUAUUUCUAAGGGUGGAAGUACUUUGAUAUGAUUGUAAAAACAUUAAACAAGGAACAUGCAUUUAAGUUUUAUUGAUUAAGCUUUAUCAGGAGUUUCUGGAGACCUACUUAAAAAAAACCUCAGAUUUAUUUGAUGUUUUUCUUCAAGGAGGCUUUGUAUUUGUGUAGUCAGCAUCUCUAAUUCAAAAAGAGCUUACUGGCAUCUUGCAAACAUGGAAAAGCUGACAUGAAGUACUCAAAGGUGUGAACAUUUCUAUGUUAGGAUAAAAUGGGUUGUAGUUUUUUAUGUUUUAGUAUGUUAACUGCAAAGGCAGUUUUUUAUAAGCUUAGACAUUAAUGCCUAAAGUUAAGUGAUUCUCGUGCUUACAGUGCUUUAUUUCAAGACAUUUCUGAUUUUGAAUAGGAGCAACAAUACACAUCCCUUAGCAUAAUCUAGGGUGUAAUACCUGAUAAUCUUUAUAUUACAUGCUUAUUUCUCAUUAAAUAGACAAGAUGUUCUUCAGAUUUGGAGAAAUGCUAAUAUGUUUUAAGCUGUGCCUGUAAAAUUCCUUUAAAAGAUGGCUUGAUUCUGUGAAAUUGUUCAAAUUCUGUAUGACCUAAAUGAUUUUGUGUGGAUCUUAGAUACUAGGAACUUUGGUAACUCUCUACCUAUCUAGGACUAAUUUAAUUGCAUUUCUAUAAAUGCUGCUCGUAAAUCAAUAUUGGCCUUUAAUUUUGAAAGGUGAUUAAGGGCCUGAGUCUUAAAUGUUGCUGAAAGGAGCAGUCUUUUCUGUCCUCCCAUUGAUAACUCCUGUCUCCCUUAAGUUAGCAUGAGCACAUAAUGACUAAUUGUUCUGUCUUACUAAAUUAAUAUUACUGCUGAUACUAGCAGGAGUGAUGUGUAUUUACAUAGUCAUAGAAAUUAUUCUAAAUAAGACUGCUAAGUCAAUCCAGGAUUUAUGAUGUUACAACUGUGGAUAUUAACAGAUAAAGGUAACUGUAUGUGAUUAUGCCCUCAGGUUUUCCCAACAGGUUUUUUUUGAGCUAUUUGCAGAAAGAAAAUACUGCCUGCUUAUUCUUUCCUCUUAUGGCACUUCUUACAAUGCUGUCUUUCCUAAGCUAACACUUACUUCAUCUCUGCAGAUAAAUGAUAUUUCUUGUCUCAUACAGACUGAAAGUUGAAGCACUGAGGUUAAAGUGUACCUGUGCAUUUACCUUAAAUGGAGACCCAUAAGACCAAAACUGGCUUUCUGUUGGUCUUACUGGUCUUAAGUCUGUUGAGAUUCAAGCUGACUGUUUUUAGCUUGAGUUAAAUUACGAGGUCUUUAAGCUAGUAAUGCAAGAUCAUAUAACACUUACGUGGCAGAUAAGCACUGCUUCUCCCAGUGCCAGACAUAUUGUUCCUGACUAAAUUAAUUCUAUUAGUAUUAACAGCAUCAUUUUCUCUUCCCACUGACCAAAAAACACUUGCACGAGAUUAGCUGUUCCACAUCACUGGAAACCAUGGAAAAUUGAUUCAGGCAGUCAUUUUGCAUAUUGUGUAAUGUGGGGUAUAAGGUAGGGAUGGCUUUGUCAUGAUUUCCUGUCAUUAGGGCUUCACCUCAUGUUUCCAAGUGACCCAAGAAAUGCCAAAUUCUACUUAAGCAAAUGACCAGAAAACCAUCUGGGAGAACAAAAGGGAAAAUUAAUUCUUAUCUUUUUUUCCAUCAUGUACUUGAGAAGGAGCAGAAUGCCAUUACUUCAAGGUUCAGCAUAAAUUUUCCUUCAUUUAGUAAGCUUUCAAAGAGCACUUUCAGUCACAAUUAGUCUCUUUUGUUAAACUUGCCACUGCAGAGCUGAGUGUUUCUAAAGAAAGCAUUGCUUCAAUACACAGAAAACAGUGAAGAAACCUACCACUGCUGAAGUGCAAAACUUCGUAUCUCCCUCACAAGAGUUUACCCUCUGAGCAAUACUCUUAAGCCUGGGUAUCAGGUAAAGCUAUUGCAUCCCUUACAGGCUGUAUCUGCACAGCUCUUCUUUUCCGUUACUCAUCAUGAAAAAUACACUGAUUUUGUGUGAUGGAAGUUUUAAGUAAUUCUUGUACUGCUUGAUGGAUGAAGUAUAAAUGUUUUCACAGCAAAAUUGUUCAUUACUGCAAUCUGUGUUAUUAUUCCAAGCAAGAGCUUCUGAGCAUUUUUGUUUGAGCAUUACAUCACAUGUAGAGCCACACAUUUUACAUGGCUUAGCAGUCUGUUUAAUGUUUUCAGUCUACUCUUAAAAUGUUGACUAGGAACAAGUCUGAACAGUUGGAGAGGAAGUAAUUUGCUCUUGUUGCUCUCAGGAAUUACCAAAUACAGAGGUCAGAAUCUAUCCCCACUUCUAGAGUGUGACCCGAGCCAAAGUAGGAAAUCUUAAUAUCUUAACAUGUAAUUUUACUGCAAACUUAGAUAACUGUCCAAAGAAAAAAGUAAAAUUUCACCUGUCCUUCUAGUAACAUUGGAAUCUUUGGUUGUGAGGGACACUAAAUUAUGGAGAAUCCCUGUUACUGUCUCAGAGUAUGUAUCUUCAACAUCUGUGUCAUCUGCAUGGAAAAAUCUAAAUGUCCCAGGGAAUGUACAUUUUGGCCAGAAAAAGAAAGAAUCAUCUGUACAUUAACUUUUCUGAAGCUGAGAAAUAAUGCAUAUUGGGAUUGCCCCAUGGGUAAUAAAACUUCUACAGUAGUUAAAUCACGUUAGUUGAAUUAGUAGUCCUAUUGUGGGACUAACAGCAUGAAUGAGGCAAAUAGUUUAAUCUUGCAUAUUUUAAAAGGAUUGCAAAUGUAUUUCUGAUCCUUUAUGAUCAAGUCAAGCCCUUUCACGUUAGGCAUUUAACUUGACACUUAUGUUAAGAACCUAGACGCUGAGUAGCUCCUGGAGAUAAACAUGUUCUUAGGAUAGGUACGUCAAAUCUCCAGCACAGACAUGACAGACAGACUAUUAAUGACCUGUUUAAUAGUUUGACAAGCAAAUAUUUUGACAUCAGUUUUUUUUCAUUUGAUUCUCUCCACAUUAAGAAAAUGUUCUGGUUUAGCAAGGAGCAGCUUUUGGCUUAGUAACAGGGGGAGCGGGUUGCAGGGAAGACCCAGUAAAGAGUUUUUGGACUCUCCCCCGGCUCCUGGAUUCACACCCACCUCCGGCCCGGCUGGGCCAAUCUGGCGCCUCUGCCAGCACUAUUUAGGGGACGGGAAUUUGAAAUGCGACGCAGGAGGUGUAAGAGUGACACAAGAUGGAGGCGACCACGCGGACCCUUCAGCCAGAGAAGGAGGAAGGAAGGAGAAGCAACAGACCAGAGACUCCUCUGCAAGCCGUGGCGAGAAUGCAGCUGUGCCCCUGCAGCCUAUGGAGAUCCAUGGCAGGACCGAGAGUUACCAGCAGCUCCAUGUGAGUGAGCCCGGACGGGCGAGGGACUGUGUGGGGAGGGGCCAUGGCCCAGGCCAUGCUGGAGAGCCUGCACGCCGCAGAGCAGCCCCACACGAGAGGCAGAGACGAGCUGCAGCCUUUGGAAUAAGUGCGCAUCGGAGCAGCCCGUGCAGGGCUGCCAUGCUUGUGAGUUACCCCAUGGACUUGCAGGGAGGACUGGUGUGGAGUUCACCCGUCCUGAGGAGGGACAAACGGCAGAAGCUAUGGGGAACAGACUAAC